CACAUUUAUUUUCACAUGUGUUUAGUUUCUGGUUGUUUUUCCAGUGGCUUGUAAAUAAUUUUAAUAAAUUCGCAAUGUCGUCUUGGAAAAAAGCAUCUAAAAGUAAUCAAAAGGUGCAUCGCGAACGGCAUCAGCCAGAGGCACGUAAACAUCUUGGUUUGCUCGAAAAGAAAAAAGAUUACAAGAAAAGGGCCAACAAUGAGCACCAAAAGGAACGUACAUUGAAGCUGCUUCAUAAGCGCGCCCUAAAUAAAAAUCCUGAUGAAUUCUACCAUCAUAUGAUCAAUUCAAAGUUGGAGGAUGACGUUCAUCAUGAGAAGGAAAAGGAACCGGAUGAGCACAGCAAAGUACAAAAAGCGUUGAUGGAAGUACAAGAUGUGCAGUAUGUGACAAUGAAGCGCACAAUGGAAACGAAAAAAAUUCAAAGGCUACAAUCACAACUACACAUGAUUGACUAUGCGAAUACUGUGAAUAAUAAACAUACCUUCUUUGGUGAGGGCAAAGAGGGUGAAGUCGUCGAACUUGAAUUAGAUAAAAUUGAAUUAGCCAAACGACUCGAAACACAUCCCAGUUUGCUCAAUCGGAAAACGAACCGCCCUCGCAUACAGGAUUUAGAGAAAAUGAAAUUGCCAGAACUGUCACCAGAGGAAAUAAGAAAGGCUAAUGCGUUGAAGAAGCAAUCAUACCAAGAGCUCACCAAACGUAUUGAGCGUGAAAAAGAGCUUGCUGUGGCUCAACAAAAAUUGCAAAUACGACGUGUGCUUAAGCAGCCAAGGCUACUGAAGCCCAAAAAAGUGAGAAAGGGAACAAAAACUGCACCACCAGUGUAUCAAUUUAAAUAUGAACGCAAAAAGUAAUCAACUACAAUUGAAAUAAUUAUUGUAAAAAGUAUAUGCAUAAAAUAAAUAUAUGUUUAUAAUACCGCAA